AUGGAUUCAACCCGCGACGAGAAAGCUGAUAAAUUUUCGUGUCAAAAUUCUUCAAAUUCGUUAAGUAAGAAUAAAAAAAUUGUUACGAGCAAGUCACCCGUAGAAACAAAUAACAAAUUAAAAAAAAAUUGGAUUCGGUUAAAUGUCGGGGGCCGAAUAUUCAUGACGUCGAGACUGACGUUAGGUAGGGACCCUGAUUCCUUUCUUUUCCGACUGUGCCAAGAAGAUUCCGAACUCAAGACGGACGUAGACGAAUCAGGAGCCUAUAUGAUCGACAGAGAUCCUGAUUACUUCAGUCCUGUAUUAAAUUAUUUGAGGCAUGGGAAGUUAAUACUAAACAAUGAUCUCAAUUACGAAGGAGUAUUAGAAGAGGCUGAAUUUUACAAUUUAGCCUGUUUAGUUGAAUUAAUUAAGCAUAGGAUGACGGAAAUAAAUUCUAAAAAAACCCAGCACCAUGCCAAAAAUGUCUACAGAGUUUUGCAAUGGUCCGAGGAGGAACUGGCGCAGAUGGUCUCAAACAUAUCGGAUGGCUGGAAAUUUGAACAGCUGAUCAAUCUUGGUUCCUCCUACAAAUACAAUCUUGAGGACAGGGCUGAGUUUCUCUGUGUAGUCUCAAAGGAGUGCCAUACAUCAGCCAAUGAUAACAAUGAGUCAGCCGAUCGAGGAAAGGUUUUACAGCAAAGAGCUUCAAGGAUAUAAUAAAUGGAUAGGCGGAUGGUUAGAAGAGUGGAUGAAAAAAUGAAAGAGAAUAAAUAGAUGAAUGAAUGGAUGGAUAGAUGAAUGAAUGGAUGGAUGGAUAGAUGGACGAGUAAAUGUGGGAAUGAUAAUGAUGAAGAUAGCAACCUUGGUUAUGAUAUUUUAAUCAUUCGUUCACACACGCCUUUUCUUAGUUUUUGUUUCUUUAAUUCAAUUUUCUCUUAUUUGUUCCUUCAAUCUAUCCACUAUUCUACUGUACGCACACUAAUUUUUGUUUUAAGCUAGGUAUCUUUGGUAUUU